AUGAGUGAUUAUGAAACAGAUAAUGAUACUGAAUAUGAAGAAUAUGAAAAAGAUUACGAAUCAGCUGCUAUAUUAGCUAUUUGUGGAGUUGCCAAUUAUUACUUGCGAUAUGUCCUCAAACAAGAGAAAAGGACUUCAAAACUAUCAGGAUAUCAAUGGUUAUUAGAAUUAAAGGAAGGGAAUGAAAUGCGAUUUUUUGAACAAUUUAGAAUGAGAAAAUCAGUGUUUAACCGUUUAUGCAAUGAUUUGGUUCUCAAUUAUGGCUUGAAAUCUACACGAGGUGUUAGUGGAGAAGAGAUGGUAGCAACAUUUUUAUACAUGCUUGGGCAAGGAGCUUCUUAUAGAAUGUUAGAGGAGCGAUUUCAGCAUUCAGGUGAAACUAUAUUUCGUCAAUUUCAUCAUGUUCUAUCAUGUGUGAAGAAAUUGGCAAAAAAUAUUAUUAGACCUAUUGAUCCUAGUUUUGGAGACACACCUAAAUAUAUUAUGGAUAAUGAUAGAUAUUGGCCAUAUUUCAAAGAUUGUAUUGGAGCUAUAGAUGGUACGCAUAUAGCCAUUCAUGUUCACCAAGAUGAGCAAGUGCGAUUUAUUGGUAGAAAAGGAAAUACUACAACAAAUGUAAUGGCCGUGUGUGAUUUUAAUAUGUGUUUUACAUUUAUAUGGGCUGGUUGGGAAGGUUCUGCACAUGAUACAAGAAUUUUUAUGGAGGCUCUUCGAACAAAAAAGCUAAAUUUUCCACAUCCACCAGAAGGUAAAUAUUACUUAGUUGAUGCUGGUUAUCCAACUUUUAAGGGAUUCUUAGGACCUUAUCGUCAUACAAGGUAUCAUAUUCCACAAUUUAGACUAGCACCAAAUUUUAGAUCAAACAAUGAAAAGUUCAACUAUUGUCAUUCAAGUUUAAGGACAGUAAUUGAAAGGACUUUUGGAGUAUGCAAAGCAAGAUGGAAGAUACUACAAAACAUGCCAUUAAGAGCCAAAUUUGAAACCCAGCGUGAUAUCAUUGUUGCAUGUUUCACUCUUCAUAAUUUUAUAAGAAUGAUGGAUUCUGAUGACAUAAGUAUUUUGCAAAAGUUUGAAGAUAUUGUUUCGUUACAAGCCAAUGAAGAUGACGGUACUACUGUAAGAAAUGGAUCAACAAAUUCUGAAAUUAAUGAAUGGGAAGAACCAAGACAAGAAGAUGUUCAGGCAAUGGAAGAAAUAAGAGACAAUAUAAGAGAUCAAUUAUCGGAUCAAAUAAAUUAG